AUGGAACCACAUCGGGUGAUUCGUGUGCAUCGCCCUGAAACUUUGUCCGCUCAGUACAAGAAUGGAUUUGGAGAGACACACGGUGACGACCGUCCAUGGCCUCGAGGCGAGGUCAUUUACGCCGGACGUGGUUCUCCGAUGCAAAAUGGUAGUCCGAAUCACUGGAAACCCGGAUUUCGCGGUCGCUUGAAUGGUGGAGGACCACGACAGGGACCACCACAUAAUCCAGGCUACAAUCAGUAUCAAUACUAUGGUCAACCACCUCGGCGACCGUAUCGGCAAGGCUAUCGAGGACGUCGAAAAUCGGGAUAUCAGCGCCCAGGUGGUGGAGGUAUGUGUUCCGCGUGGAAUGGGAGUAUGCCUUACGGAUUACACAACUGUGGCUAUCAGUCUCAUCGAUCGUUUGCACAUAUAGAAGACGGUUUUAUAGAUGACACUCUGGUUUCCGAUUUGAGUCAGUUCAGUCUUCAUGAUGAUCCAUUUUGGGAUCGCGAUGCCUUGUUAUAUCAAACGGGAAAUUCACACCUGGCACAGCAGACACGAACAUUGGCCAAAGAUUGUGCCUCUACACCAUAUUUGGCUACUACUACUACUAUUGGGACCGCAAGUCGUCCAAAAUCGUUCCAAACACGAAUGAAUAAAGGGAGAGAAAUAGCAACCAGUUCAAGUAUUAGCCCGGCGGCCACAUCAGACGCCUCAAAUCCGGUAGAUCGACUAUGCGGUCUGGGUGAUCAAUCAGAAACCACUGAAUCUACCUCAUCGCCGGAACCGAAUGAUCCAUUGGACACGUUGGAUUUGGAGCACUCACCCGGUUCAUUGUCAGAGGUUCGGGCUCAAGUGGCUGUGGUAGGAAUCUUUAUGGGCAUUCUGAUAAUUUGCAAUAUUUUCAGCGAUUCUCAAGAGGUACGUGGAGCCAUCGCUCGAUGGUCAGGCGCGUGCGUUCUGGCCUCCCACGACGAUGAGAAUAUCGCAUUUGGGUAUUCGACCGAUGAAACUUUAAAGCUUCUCGUAGAAAUUAUCUGCAGUGGACGCAUUUACCAGCAACGAUGGCACGUAAACGAAUAUCAUCGGACGAUUUAA